GUUAACACUUCGGUCUGUCACAUUAACGGAAUAAAUAUGAAUCGAAUAAUGGAUAGUCGAAAUUUGAAUGAGUCCAAAAAUUCUUCUAAUUAUAGUCAAGAUGAUUCAGUGUAUUAUAGAUUUUUUCUACUUUUUCAACACUUUUUUUUCAAAAUAUUCGGAUUGGCGCCAUGGGCAAUAGACUUUUCUGAAAUAUUCAACAGAAACCGCAAAGUUGGAAAUCAAAAUUUCCAAUGGAAGUUUUCAUACAUCGGGUCAUUUUACAAUAUUUUGUUAUUUUUGGUUCUUUCUUCAGUGAGCCUUUAUAACCUACUCGGCAAACUAUGGAAUAUUCAAAACUCAUUAUUAGUAUCAACUAUGGUAGAAUUUUUAUAUUUUACAUUACUCUGUGUGAGUUUUAUUUCACUCAUUUACACAUUUCGGCAAAAAAGACUAAUUAGUGUUAAUAACCGAUUCAAAAACAUCGACGGAGUAUUAAACAAGUGCGCAUGUUAUGAAAAGAUUAAGGAUAACACCAAUCACGUUAUAUUUGUCAUAAACUUCUUAUUAACUAUUGGCGGUACAAUAAUAAUGGAUCUGUACUACUUCCCAUUAAUAAGCGUAUUUUUUGAAAAUUUACCAACCGUAAUUAGUGGUAUUUUAAUAAUACAAUAUGCAAUGCUGCUCUAUAGGGUCAACAAGAGAUUCAAAAGUAUAAAUUCAACUAUUUCUAAAUCAUUUACAAUAAAAUGUAAUGAAGAUCAAACGCAAAUAUCAUCCGUGACACAACAAUUACUUUUACGUGAAUCAGUUUUUAAUGACAUCGACAAUCUAAAAUUGGCUUUUAUGGAGUUGAGAGAAAUGUGUCAUGAUAUUGCUAAUUUUUAUGGAAUACCCAUUUUAAUUGUCAUUUUGAGUUUUGGUAUACGAGCUAUAUCCACUUUAUACUUUGUAGUAAUGUCUGUAGUCAGAGUACCUCUUAUACAUCAUAUAUGGCAUUUGGAUGCGACCCGUAUAUUGUGGAUUUCGUUUUUAUUCACAACGUUCACUUCUAGUGUCACUAAAAUAAUAAAGCAGAAUAUAAUACUUGGAAAAACGAUUAAUUAUCUGACGGAUCAGAAUUCAAUGGAUGAAAAAAUAAAAACUAAAUUAUCAAAAUUUUCCAGUGAUCUCUGGCAUUUAAAAAUUGAAUUAACUGCUUGCGAAAUUAUACCCCUAGAUCGUACUCUUCUAGCGACUAUUAUCGGUACAUUGGCAACUUAUCUCAUUAUUGGCGUACAGUUUGGUCUUAAUGCAAAGUCCGAUUAAUUGAAUUAAAAUUUAUAAGAGUGUUGUUUUUCUAAUCGAUAUAAUCUGAAAUUUGUUCAAUAGUCAAUAC